AUAACAUUUCUUUCUUUAGCUUUGAGGAUGUUGUCCAAUAUAUGUGCUCAUAGUUCUUCAUUAUGUGAUACCAUAGCCUGUGUCCAGAUUUGAUUAGGGAAUGAGUCAGAUUGCCAAAUCCAGAUAAUCCACAUAAUCAGUUUAGACACCCCCAGCCUGAGUUUAAGACACCUGUGGAUUACAUCCUUUGCAGCUGCACUUGCCACACUUUGCAAACAGACACUUUUAACAAAUUGAGCCUGACUAAUCAGGAAAUUUGGCAGUUAGCAUACCAGAUGGAGGACAGGGAAGAAACCACAAUUGGAAAUGGCAAGGAUUGCCAGACACAGAAGGAGGAAAGCGAAGACGAGCAAGAAGAGGGAGGGGAGAAAGUUGAAGAGAUGGUGGUCGACGGAGGCAUGGAGGAUUUGAACGGAUUUAUUUCAGGGGGCACAGUGUUCAGCGAAGCACAGGAAGGGGAGGUGGUGGCAGAAUGGAGACCUGGUGAACCAGUGACCCCACAGCAUGUCUUAUGGCUGAACAGUUACACUGAGGAGUACCUGUGUUCACCAGAGGACAACAUCUUCAACGUAAACUUCUCACGCUUCAAGAUCAGGGACCUGGGCAGUGGAGCAGUCAUCCUUGACAUAAAAAAACACGGUCCAACAGAAAUUCAAGACGUCAUUGAUCUUGAUACAAGCCGAUUCAUCCAGUAUCACUUCUCUCCUGCAUUCCUGGCCCUCAGAGAGAUAGGAGCUACGUUGGAGUUCACAGUGGGCAGCAAGGCACUAAACCGCUUCCGUCUGAUCGAGAGGCAUUUCUUCAGAAACCUCCUGCUCAAAACCUUUGACUUUGAGAUCGGCUUUUGCAUCCCACACAGCAGAAACACCUGUGAGCACAUCUACUGCUUACCUGACCUGGAACCUGAGAUAGUUGAAGAGAUGAUUGCCAACCCAUUCGAGACACGCUCGGACAGUUUUUACUUUGUCAACAACAAGUUGAUCAUGCAUCACAAAGCGGAGUACUCCUUUACCCCACAAAGAGAAACGUACCCAUCAAAGCAAUAUAAAAACUGUCAGUGAAAAGGGUCAGCCUCUGAUGUUGUUCCAUAAAUAAUGCUUCUGGUUGUACUAUUACUAGUACUAUUAUUUUGUACGAGAUACAAUUUUAAUUAGGUUUUUCUGCUGUGGGAAAAAACAAGUGACGAGUGCUUCAUUAGAUACUCAUUAUUGGUACUGUUACAGCUUUUUGACGAGCUAUGUAUUUAAUUCUUCUUCGAGUUGUAAGGAAAUAAUUAGAAUGAUUGUUGUAAUUGUGUUGUAUCUAUCUAAAUCUUCAUAAGAGAACAACUUAACACUAUAUCUACUUUUUUAUUUAGUAAUGUGCAUACAAUAAAAGGAACAAAAAUACUAAAAAAACAGCAACAUGAAAACAAGUGUAAACUAACAAGUUACUGUUAUUGUCUCAAAUUAUGGAGGACCGAGGCAAGAAUAAAAAUGUAUAUUCCAUUAAAUGCACCAAAAAUAAUAAUAAGUAUAAAUAAUAAAUAUUUGUAUUAAGUAAUUUAUAAAAUGUGAUAUAAAUUUAUAUUUAUGUUUUAAUUAGCUUAGGCCAUUUACCUUUGUAUUAAUGUCCCUAUUUAUUGACUUUAAUUUUUUUUUUUACUUUUAUUUAUUUUUUUAUUAUUUCUGGUGUAUUUUAUGGCACAUUUAAGUCAUUUAUGUAUUUAUUUUUGAUUGUGGCUGUAUUGGUCCUCCAUAACAAGCUGGUUACACAAUGGGAGUAUUUUACCUGACAAAUCGUUUUUGCACUAUCACCAGUGUAAUAUGUCUCAAAAAUGUGUGGAAUUGCAACAUUGUGUGCAAAUUAGAUAUAUUUUUUCUUUUUUUGGUUGUUUAAUGUUUUGACCUACCUAAGAAUCAAAUGUAUACAUUAAAUAAACAUGAUACCAAACAUUUUGAGCAGGAGCAUGUGAGAGCUUCUGGAAAAUGUAACCAUGCAAGGAAACAGAAACAGAUGUUCUUUUAUUUUUAUUUUUUUAUUUUUUUAUCAAAUCGUCUUUAUGAUUGUAGAGUAAUGAUCUGUAGCGUUUUAAAAUCAUUCUGCAUUGGUUGCCUUGGUAGACAACAUCACAA